AAACUAUUGAGCGUUAUGCAAAUUAUUUAGAUGAUAACUUAUUUAACAGUUAUAUCUGUAAUUGUACUAAUGAUCGAAUCGGUGCAACAUGCCAAUAUCUUCUUCCUGUUAAUCUCUCAACUAUCACUGAGCUAUCGAAAGAUCAGUUACGUGAACCUGCUGUACGGGAAGUAGCACUUCAUACAUGCUUAGUUGAUAUGAUCAAGUGUAAUACAGGUUUAUUAUGCUUAGAAUGGCGACAAGUUUGCGAUGGUAUAGUACAAUGUGAUAAUGGAGCUGAUGAAACUGGAUGUCACGCAUUUGAACUUCAAAACUGUGCAUCGGAUGAAUUCCAAUGCCGUAAUUCUAUGUGUAUACCAAAUGAGUUUCUGUUUGAUGGUACGAUUGAUUGUAUGGAUUCAAGUGAUGAGCAGGAAGUAGAUAGAAUACAAAAAAUUUUUGGAUCAUGCCCAACGACAUCAAUUUGGGAAUGUGAAGAACGUUUAUGUCGAGAAGAUGAAUUUAGUUGUGGAGAUGGUCAAUGUAUUCAUUGGUCAAAUCUAAUUCAUCAUCAAAACAGUUGUAAGAACACUCGAGAUUUAGCAUAUCAAUGUGAAUUACAAGGAUUUCCAACAGUGGCUAAUGGCUUUUGUCGACAGAAGGGAAACAGUGGUCUACCUCCAUUGCAAAAUUCGACAUCAUGUUCAUUAGGUCUUCGUUACUUGUUGACUGGAUCUGAUCGUAAAAAAGCAUGGAACCAUAUUAUUACUUACUGUCCUGAUUUUAUUCAAUAUCCUGAACAACCUGUGUUAUCACCUGUCCUUAAAAUGUUUUACAAUAAAUCAUUUAUUGUCUCAUCUUAUGCUGGACAAAACUUUGCACUUGCAUUACCAAAACGAACUCCUGAUAUUGUCUGUCUAAAUGGAACAUUCAUAUGCAGUGGCACUCUGAUAACAUCAACCAAUGGCACUUGUUGGAGUUUUGAACAUUAUCUAUCAUUUGUGGAUCUGCCAUUUUUUCCAUUUUCAUAUUUAUUUUGUCAAAUGGUAAAAAAUCAACUACAGAAUAAUUUAUCACGAAAAUACUCUCAACCAUUAAUAAUAAAUUCACGAUCAUUUAUCUGUAAUGAAUUUGUUUAUCCAAUGGCUGUACGACGAAUCAAUGAUGGAUAUAUUGAUUGUUUAUUUGGUGAAGAUGAGCAAAAUGAUCAGUACAAUAUCACUCUUCCAUACCGUUAUCGGUGCUCUGAUUUAUCCAUUACACAAUAUGUUAGUUAUCACUUAUUGGGUAAUGGAAUAGAGGAAUGUGCGGAUGGAAGUGAUGAACUUUCCAAUGCAUUAAACUGGCAUUAUUUUCGAUGCGACACUGGAGAAGAAUAUCCUUGUUGGGUAUUUCGUAGUGCAUACAUCGAUAACAUUGAUCGUGUUAAUAGUAUACAACUAUCAUUUCAUCGAUACUGUGAUUCAGUACGAGAUACGAGAGAUGGACAUGACGAAAAAAGUUGUACUCAGUGGGUUUGUCCUCAAGACAUGUAUCAAUGUCGAACUAAUGGACAAUGUAUCAAUAAAGAUGAUUUAUGUGAUGGAGAUUUUGAUUGUGACAAUGGUGAAGAUGAAUUAAAUUGUUCCAUAACAAAAUCUCGAUGGAUAUUUGAAGCUCAAUGUAAUAAUACUAAAGAGCAUUUUUGUAUCACGCAACACUUUCUUAUCAAUCAAACAUUGCAUCGACCUUGCAUAGAUUACUCAAAGGCAGGUGAUGAACAACUUGAUUGUAUUGGAGGACGAGAUGAACGAAAUGUUUUUGUUUGUCCUGAUCAUCAUAUAUUAGGUGAUCGAUUUCUAUGUGAUAAUGCAACAAAGUGUUUAUCACAUACAGUUAUAUGCAAUGGUAUUAUCGAUUGUUAUGAUCAAACAGAUGAGCUGAUUUGCUUUUGGACCAGACAUACUUGUUCCAGAAACAACUUUGCUUGUUAUGAUAAUAAAACUUGCAUGCUUGAUCGUUGUUCUCCCAAAUAUAAUUGCCCUAACAAUGAAAAUUUAUUUUGGUGUCCAAAUCCAUAUGAAAGUAAUUAUAGAAUAAGUAAAGUUCGACGUCGUUCAAACUAUCUGCUAUUCUGUGAUAACGUAGAAUUAUUUAACACAUCCACAAUACCAUUGCCAAAUAUUCCGCCCAGGAAUAUUGUUAAUCCAAAAUUACAUGGGUAUUGCAAUCGUGGUUUCUACUUAUUAAGUGGAAAUGGAACAGAACCUGUAUGUUUCUGUCCACCUAGUUUUUACGGACAUCAUUGUCAAUAUGAUAGUCUUCGUGUUACUGUACGUAUUCGUUUUGAUCGUAGACAUCGUUCAGAUUUACCACCAUUACUUCUUGUUUUGGUUUUAUUACUCUACAACAGAACUUUUAUUAUUGAUCAUCAAAGGUUUGUUGAUAUCGAUGAAGAGUUUCCUCAAAAACAUAAAGCUUACUUGGUAUAUUCUUAUCCAAAUCUCAAUGGCAACUAUUCAGUUCAAUUCCACGCAUAUGACGGACUGGAACUCUUGUCAGUAUGGGAAUAUUCAAUUAAUACUAUUGGAAUUCUUCCUGUGUUUCAAUUAGCUAAAAUACUUCGAUUUCCUGAUCGUUCUUUACCAUGGCGAUGUCCUCACAAUCAUUGCCAGAAUAAUGGAUCAUGUUAUAUGAUCGUUAAUAAUGAUGAAAAUAAUUAUUUUUGUCUUUGUCAACAUGGUUGGAAAGGAAAUCUAUGUACAGAAUCUCUUAAGCAAAACAAGUGUUCAUCACAUGCUCUUGCUGUAGAUGAAGAUCUAUGUGUUUGUCCAUAUGGGUAUUUACCACCUCAUUGUUUCGUUCGUAAUACUAUUUGUGAAAAACAAAUUUCUAGUUGCUCUUCGACAAACGGAAUCUGUUUACCUUUUUCUAUUUUACCUCCUGAUCAAUAUUGGUGUUUCCAUGAUAGCUCCAAAUCUGAUGGAUCAUCUAAAUCUAUGCUGAUAUUAAACAGACAAAAGCCUAAUGAAGAAGUACUUCUCUUACAGUUAUUGAAAAUUUAUCAAGACUAUCCAAAACUACGACAGCAGAUACUAAUACCAAAAUUAACAUCUUUUCCUAUUACCUUUAUCAUCAAUAGUAAAGAUUCAAUAUACAAUAUAACUUUACCUGAAAUUAGUCUCUUGUAUACAUAUGAACGUCAACGAGAUUUUGUGGCUGUCCAGUUAAGCAUGCUCUAUGUUAACUGUAGUAAUAGCUUACGAAAUUUUACUGUCGAUCUUAAUUCUCAGCCUUCGCAAUGUAAGUCAAUUUCUACUCGGUCACCUAUAACACUUCUUAACACUUUCUGUUGGCAAUCUGACGUUCAAUCAUGUUUCUAUUCACAGAAUUAUAUUUGCUAUUGUAAAAUGAAGACAAAUCGUAGCGAAUGUUUAACUUACGAACAGCGAGAUUUGCAGUGUGGUCAUUGUCUCAACCAAGGUUAUUGUAUUCAAGGCAAUCUGCGAAAUAGUAGUGAUUUUGCUUGUGUUUGUCCAAAAUGUGUAUUGGGUGAUCUUUGUCAAUUUUCUACCAGUCGGUUUUCUAUCGAACUUGAAAUGCUGGUAGAGCAAACACAAGGCAAUCGACUUCAUUUACUUGUACCUAUUAUUUUCUUUUGUUUUGGAAUGAUCUUCAACACUUUGGAAAUUAGUACAUUUAUGAAACAAAAUGCACGGCAAGCUGGUGCGGGUCUUUAUCUUCUUAUCAACGGUUUUAUUAGUCAAUUUGUACUUAUUCUUCUACUAACUCGUGUUAUAUAUUUAAUUUUUGUUAAACAAAUGACACCGAGCUUGAUUACAAAUCAAAUUUUAUGUAAAUCGUUACCUUAUCUAAUGACAACUUUCAAAAAUAUUAGCAUGUGGCUCAUGAGUUUUGUCACUGUCGAACGAGCUCUAGCAGUUACAUGGCCUUUACGCUCACGAAUGUUUCGUACUCCUCGUUUUGCUAAAUUGGUUAGCAUAGUGACACUUAUAUUUCUAUUUAGUUCUCUUUACAUGCUUAUCAUUGAGUAUAAAAUAGUCAUUCGUCCCGAUCGUUCGUAUAUUAGCUGCGUCAGAGAAAUCCCAUUGCAUAAUAGAAUUAUAGUACAAUAUACAUCGCUAGCACAUCAACUUAUUCCUUUUCUUCUUAAUUUCAUCGCUGGAAUUACAGUAAUCAUCAAUCUCGGUCGUUCUAAAGCACAUAGUCAUCAAAAAUCAUCUCGUUAUACAAUUGCUGAACAAGCUCGUCAACGAGCCGAUCUACUUAUUGGACCGUUCAUUUGUUUCGUAUCUGCAUUACCACAACUCAUCAUAUUGUUUUUAGAUGCAUGUAAUUAUGAAGAAAGUAUUUGGUUUAUUUAUUUAACUUUGACUACUUUUUACAUCUCAUUCAUUCCACAGAUGAUUACGUUUUUCAUUUAUAUUAUUCCAUCACCAACUUUCAAACACGUUCUACUCACUGAAACAAAAUUUGGCCGAUAUCUUUCUAAAUUUAUACAUGUUCAAAAACCGACAGUGGCUAACUAA